CUCAAGUCCCCCCAGAUUAUCUUCGUGAUGGGUGGCCCAGGUUGUGGCAAAGGGACACAGUGCAAGAACAUGGCGACCAAAUAUGGCUUCUGCCACGUGGGGCUGGGCCAGCUGCUGCGGCAAGAGGCCCAACGCAACACACAGCGGGGCCGGAAGAUCCAUGACAUCAUGCUACAGGGGCUCCUGGUGCCCACGGGCACCAUCCUAGACAUGAUCAGCAACGCCAUGUUAUCUCGCCCAGAGAGCCGGGGCUUCCUCAUUGACGGCUUCCCGCGGGAGCUGAGGCAGGCCAAGGAGUUUGAGCGCAUUGUGGGCCGGGCCCCAGACAUCGUCAUUGUGUUUGACUGCUCCAUGGAUACGAUGGUCCGGAGAGCACUGCGCCGGGGCCGGGUAGAGCACCGGGCAGACGACUGUGAGCAGGCCAUCCGCCAGCGCCUGGAGACGUACUACACGCUGUGUGGGCCAGUCUUGACCUUCUAUCAGCAGAAGAAACUGCUCUGUAAUAUCUUGGCAGAAGAAGCUCCAGAAAACAUUUUUGCCAAGUGCUGCUCUGUCAUUGAAAGCCUGCAGUGACAGGAGGGGCUGGGGGCUCUGCUUCUCUCCUCAUUCCAGAACCCACAUAGGGCUUAGGACGGGUGCAGGGCUGUGAGGUAAGAUCACCUGGUGACAGCAGGCCAGGCUUUAAUCCGAGCUGACUCCCCAUGAGACCCCACACUGAUGGCCCCUUUCUGGGCCGUGGCACCACAGGGGUGGGCUGAUCGGGGGCCACCACCCACAGGAGCAGGUUUCUAACCCAUCUGGACAAGGCCUGGGGUGGGGCAGGUAUGAGCUGUUGAGGGCUCCUGCUUGGUGCUGCCCUUCAAGCCUGUGGGCCCAGGCUUCUGAAUGUGAAAGCUGAUCUGUGUUAGUGUUCAACUGUAAGCCCCAAAAGAACAAAAACCAGCCGUGAAGUAGGCCUCAAGAUGAUUGCCCCUGGGCAGACAGCUCAGAUGGACCCUCAGUUCACUCUCCCAGCUCCUGUCCUCACCCCUGGGAGGCCACGGCUUCCCACCAAGCAUUGGAACUGGUGCCAUUUUUUAACAGGCGUGGUUUCCACCUCGGGGCCCGCUGACACAGUAGGCCCCAGCCAGGUGCGAAUCAAGGCCAGUCUGCCUCCCGGGAGGUACACACAGCCAUGGGUUUGCUGCGGUGGCAGACUGCGUCCAUGGAAACACCCGUCCCCAGGGGCUCUCUUGGGUGUCUUGCUCCCCAUGUUCCCAGAGGGAAAAACGGGAUGGGGGAAGACUACUCGCCAGGGCUCAACCUGCUAUUCCCCUUUCUGCAAGGCAACACCAGAACAGUCUUUGGGCGACCCAGACCCCACUCUUAUUGGCCAAUCUUUGUUCCUCUUCAACUUGUUUCCUCUACAAACACAACUGCGGCCAGCACGCAGUUUUUAGACAAAAAGCACUUUA